GCGUCUUUCCCCACCGACGCGUCGCGGUGCCCCUCUUCCCUUCACUCAUGACAAUCGUGCCGGCUCUCUGUGUCGGUGUUGCCUGCCGCCACGGCUUCUCUCUCUUUCUCUCUUCUCUCUGUCCCGUUCACGAACGCUCCCUCCUUGUCUCUCGCUUCAGCCUUUUCUGGAGAGAGAGAGAGAGAGACCUAACGACUCCCCCACCUCGGCUUACACCGAACCGUGGACGCGGCCGCCGCUCGUCGUGGCGGGUAGGACGUACGUGAGUCCUCUAGUGUAGCUGCACACAUGCACGCGAUAGCAUCUGACCAGCCGCCGCCGCUCUGUAAACCAUCAGAGCCGUCGCAUAAUCUCUCGCUCGAGGUGCCACGCCGCGCGAGUAUAGACACAGAUCAACGUCGGGAUAGGUAGAUCGAUCCUAGAGUCCGAGUUGACGGUCCAAGUUAGCCACCCGAGUGUGUUUGUUGUCCGGGACCGGCUGUAUUUCGUGCUGUGUCGAGACACCUGAUCAGCGACUUGGCUGACGACGAGGAAAAUACACGCAGAUUAUAGAUAAAAAGUGGUGAAUCCUGGUGUAGUGACCUCUGAGGAGUCGAUGAUAUCGGCGUAGAGAGAUAGUUUGUUGAUGAUUGUUCCUGCGGCGAGCGUUCUUAUCUCUGGCGUUUCAAUGACAGUUGCGAAUGACAUUGGCGUAAAGACUUGCGAAGGCAGCUUGGAGCAAAACGAUUGACACAGUGUGUUUUUUAUUUUUGAUUGCAGCACCAGUGUGUGUUUUGUUAUCUCCACGACCGAUGGUUCCUGGUCGUCGUCUUGGAAAUGAUGUGCUGAGAUCGAGAGACAGGGCGAUCCACGAUGAUGCGAAGUUUGUGAUGAAGGUGAAGAUUUUGUUCUUUACGCAAGCGACAGCGACGAUCAAGUGUUUUUCGCGCAGAAGUGGACAAGUCGUGUAUUGAAAACCACCGUACACAAUUGUGCAUAUAGACGUGACUGUGAAGAACAACUCGCCAGCUCGGGUGUGCAGUGCAUUUGUUUGAGCAAGCAGUACUAUGUGUCGUCGAGAAAUCGAAGACAUCAAUUAGACUUGAUAGAAGCGACAAGGUGGAUGCCACAAGGUUUCGGAGCCAUCAUCAGGAACCAAAUAAUACAGCAUCUCAGUAGUUCUACGAGCGAUGAUAGCCGACGCGGGUCAUUGAGUCAUCAGCGUACGACCUUCCGCUGCGUGGACCUUGCGGGUGGGAUUCUUCGUCGACAGCAGGUGAAUCCAGCAGGUGACCACGUUGGAUCUCGCGGCGUUGGCUGCUUACGGGGGCGUUUCGGGACCCAGGGUCGCGGUGGCGGGCACCGGGGUCCUCGCGCUACCCGGCCUGAUACCCGACAAGGGUCUAUCAUCGCCCGGAGGCCAGUCCAAGCCAAAGUCCGCAGGGCUGGCGGGUCUUGACAGCGAGGCGGUGCGCCGGUGGGUCGCGGAGGCCACGCGGACCGUCCGGCAGGUUCCUCCAUGCAUGGUCGUGCCUGCCAGUUCGCCGCAGCAGCAACAGCAACAUCAUCGUCAACCGCAGCAGCAUCAUCAUUCCGCUCACAGGAGUCAGCGUCAGGAGCCCAGCCCACCGUCGGUGGGCAUCGCGUCCUUCGUUCUGCCGGCCUCGAUGACGCAGACCCCCAGUAUGCACCUGCUGGAGAACAACAACUUGGUCGAGGUCGCCAUGGCCCAGCAGCAGCAGCAACAACAACAACAACAACAACAACAGUCCCAGCAACAGUUGACGCAAAAGCAGAAGCAAACGAGUCCCACGAACAAUAACACCAUAGAGGCUUGGAGAUCGAUUCAGGGUGGGCAUCAAUGGUGGAGUCCGUCCGCCAGCGUUCAUCAGGAACAGCAGCAGCAGCAGCAGCAGCCGUCGAUCGUCCAGGUCUCGCAAUCGCCGAGUCUGGUGGUCGGAUCAGUGUGCGGCCAGAUACAGAGGCAUCAUCCGCAAGUGCAAUCGGACAUUGAUCAGCCUCUGGACUUUUCUGUCGGCUCUCUGCAGCAGCAGAGGCUGCAUUCGCGCGCGAGGACUAUACACGAGAGAGUAAGUAGGAUGCACGACAACAACAACGGCACCGUGAGCAGCCAGAAGAUCAUCAGGGUUGACGUUAGAAGACAAAGCAGCAGCCCAAGCGAAGCCAGCACCAGCAGCAGUGAGGAUGAGGGUGUCUCCACCGGCGGCAGCCCUUCGGGACCUCUUCGGGGUGCUUCGGAUUCGUGCGAACCCGUUGCGGAGCGACCUUACGGUAAAGUCUGGAUUGGCGACAACGAGGUUGCGUGGCGGACGGAGCAGUCUUUCAAGAGGACAUCACCCUUAAAUCCCUGUACCACAACAACUACCACGACGACGACAGGUGGCGGGACACUGACACAUCCCCACCUGUCGCCACCCGUAGCUGCCCCUAUUACCACCCCCGAUCACAGAAGCCCCAGUAGCAUGCACCCGAAACUUGGCAUCUCACCCGGCAGCGACGCGCUUGGACGAAUCGAUAAGGAGGAGCCAGCCUCGCCAGAAUCCAUACAAGAUGCAGAUUUACACGGCGAUGUUGACGGCCCGGAACUCAGCGGCGAUGACAGGAGUAUCGCGAGUGACAUCCACGAUGCCACCGAAGCGCACUUCGAUAACGAUUCUAUGGACUCGGACAAGGAGGCCCUCAACUUGGUCACGGAUGUCUCGCAACGGAACAGCAGUAGCGGUACCAGCGGCAGCGCGUCUCCCCCGAGUUCUGUAGUGAGCAGCCAGCUUACGGGCAACCAUCAGCAAGCGCAGCAACAACACGCGUCCAGCCAGCAGAACAGCAGUAACUCGCAGGCGGCACUGGCCGCUCAAUUGGUCGGCCAGCAAUUGCUGAUGCACGGCUCUCUCGGGACAUUGAGAAGUCAAGAUAUCCAAGCGUUCGCUUCGACGCUGCAGCAGCAGCAACAGACGCUGCUGCAGCAACUCGCCAUGUUUCAAACCAAUCCGGGGCAGCUUCCUGCGCAGCUCUUUCUACAGAAUCAGGGGCUGUUGCAGAGCGCUGGCUACCCGACAAGACCGAGUCAUCCGCGCUCACAGUCCAUGCAGGUCCAACAGGCGGUAGCUCAAGCAGCGCAGCAGUUACAGACUCUGCAGAAACAGCAAGCCCUUCAGAACAGCGGCAGUUUGGUCGGGCGAAAUUUACCCCAAAGAUCACCACCACCUAGCACACCGCCAGCAGUAAAACCGGUGAAGUUAGAACCUUCACCGGAGGAGACGACGGAUCUCGAGGAACUGGAACAGUUCGCCAAAACGUUCAAGCAGAGGCGGAUCAAGCUCGGCUUCACCCAAGGAGACGUCGGACUCGCGAUGGGCAAACUCUACGGCAACGAUUUUUCGCAAACUACCAUCUCCAGGUUCGAAGCGUUGAAUCUUUCCUUCAAAAAUAUGUGCAAGUUGAAACCGCUACUACAAAAGUGGCUGGAGGACGCCGAUAAUUCCUUGAACAAUCCCAAUUCACUAUCGAAUCCACUUACGACACCGGAAGCAAUCGGCAGACGGCGGAAGAAAAGGACGUCUAUAGAGACCAGCGUGAGGGUGGCUCUGGAGAAGGCUUUUAUUCAAAAUCCAAAGCCUACGUCCGAAGAAAUAACUAUAUUAGCGGAUAGUCUCGCGAUGGAAAAGGAAGUGGUUCGCGUCUGGUUCUGCAACAGAAGGCAAAAGGAGAAGAGAAUCAACCCACCAACGGCUGCGAUGGGCAGCCCGACGAUGACGUCACCCGCGCCUUCGGUGUUCGCCUCUAUCGCUAGUUCCAUGUCCGGCAGCCCUUUAGCUCUAACGACGCAUUCCUCGGGUAUGGGACACCCUCAUCCAGCGUCUAUGAACUCGCCCUUGCCGCUGGCCUUGGUCUCGACAGGUGGCAACUACCAUCAGCUGAACAGCAAGUCUCACGAGUGACACCAGCAAGCGACCCAUCAAGGGGACGCUCUCUAUCACCAGCAUCAUCAUCAACAGCACUCGCAACAGCAGCAGCAUCAUCACCAUCAGCAACAGCAACGACGCUUGUGCAAUUUACCGGAGUUCUAUCAUUAGCCGAUAAUCUAAUUUUUUAAAAUUAGUAAUGAGAAUGAUAACCUUUUGGACCUUCUUAUUCUUUUAUUCGACAUCGAGUGAGAGAAUCUAUUCUUCAUUAUUUCUCUCUUCAGUUCUUAUUCAUAUUCGAAUAAUGGAUCGAAGGAGAAAUCGAGAAUAUAAUAAAUCAAUUAUCUCGGUGAACACAAAGAAUAUGAAAGUACCGAUUGUGUUUCAAAUCGACGAGGUCACAAGUCAUCGAUGAUGACACUGGAGAAUCAUCGAUAAUCGCGAUCUUGGUGAUAUCGGUUAAAUUUCGGUAGUAAUGCGAGAAGUAUAAAGAGUCCAUACGAAGAAACCAUAAAGAGAAUUCGAAAUAGGUAAUCAGUUUCGCAGGAAACGACUGAGUGUAUAAGCGAGAAUGUUAACGAGGAUGCAAGUGUGCGAAAGUGAGAGUUGUGCGAUAUAUAAUAAGGGAGAGAAUGUGUAAAAUCCAUGUUGUCAUUAAGUAAUCCCGGGAUUGUUAUAUAAGUAUCUACUAAAAAGUAUACGAAGACACGCUGCGUUUUGAAUGAAGCACGAAAAUGGAUGUAAGGUGAUUUUUAGCGUAAGUGUGCAGUGAAUUCUUUUGGAUGCACUUAGUGCAUACUGAUGCAUAUUAAAGGCUGUCGUGAAUUUUAAAAAAUUAACGCGAAAACGUAAGCAUGAUAUGUAAAUGGCCGAUUCUCCGUUAGAUGCUUAGCAUAUAUCUUAUCGUGUUGAUACAUCAUAUGUUAAGCAUUUCAUUUAAUGAAAACGGGGAAAGCCAUUUAUAUUAUUUCUUUACACAAGUAGUGUACACAAUCGAUUUUAAGAUGCAUCAGUGUGCAGAUCCAAGAUUGCAAAUCUCUGCCAAAAAAACUUAGACAAUUAUAAGAGAUCAUUGAUUAUUACUAUUUCUUUGAUAACUUUGACAAAUUUUUUUUUUAAACAGAAUAACUAUAAUUCUGUUCUUUGAAAGCUACUCGAGCUGAUAUAUUAUGAACGGAAAUUGUAUUCGAGUUUUUUUCAAACGAAAGAUACUGAUGUUAGUAUAUUAUAGAUCGUGGCAAUAAUAGAAAAGGUUCAACGAUUUCUGCAUUUUUUAUCUUCUGAUUGCAUUUGCAAAAUUAUGUCAAAUUAUGUGCUACGUCAACAUCUUUUUCCAUAAAUACGAAUUUUUAUAAUUUUUAUAGAAUUAUUCUCUGAUAUACAUAUAUAUAUAUACAUAUAUAUAUAUUUCAGCUAUAUAGAAAUGGACUUGAGUAGUACAGAUGAUACUUGCAGCAUGUUUGAACCUUUUAUUAGAAUCUGGAAACAUGAUAGCAUCAAAAUGUAAUCGAAACUUUCUUAAAUUCGAAUCUUUUUUAUAUGAGUACUCGGAAAUGUAACAGCAUCUAAGUAAAAUUCUACAAUGUGUAUACAUGUAUGUACUGGAUACUUAUGUAAUUCACAUUAACUAUAUAAUAUAUUCUUUACAAUUUUAAAUUUACUUAGAUGCUAUUAUGUUUUAAAGUAAGCAUAAAAGAUUCGAAUAUAUAUUUUUAAUCAAUUUUCAAUUACGUUUUGAUACUAUUAUCAUUUGCUAUAUAUUAUAUUUGUUUCGUACUUGAAUGUAUGAAGUUUUUACAAUGAUAUUAACACAUACAUACAGGUACGAUUUUUUUUUAUAAGCCAUAUUCGAUUUCAAUGAAAUGAUAUCUAUAUAUUGAAUUGAACCGAUUGUGUUAAGAUAUAAAUACGUUUUGAACUAGAUCCUAUCUCUGCAAUUAUAUCUCGGAAGCCGACAAUUGACGAUUUUUAUUCAUCGAUUGUCUCAUUCUUUUGUAUCUUUGUCACUUCUCGUAAUAUAUGCAUCAAAGUCGACACUGUCAGAGUAAUUGGGAAGUCGUCAAAUAGUCUGAUACAUCGGUUCUAUAUAAAAAUCGAUAUUUUUUGCGACAUAAUUAUAAGUAUUAUUUUUUAGAAAUCUGCUAUCAGAAAUUCACAAAGAUAUUUGAAUAAUAAUUAAGAUCAUGUUGUGUAGGCAUUGCGGAGAAUAUCACGUUAGUCAUUUCCCCUUUCUAUCAAAUAUAGUUUGAAAAAUGAUUUUAUUUGAUGGUGCAAGCAGGGUUUACGGUGCAUCUCAACGGCAAAAUGCGGCGAGGUCCGACAAUACAGUUGUACAUAUAUAUACAUAUAUAUAUAUAUAUAUACACACAUAGGCGUGUCUGUCAUCGUAUCGUACAUAUCUGUGUCACAGGGCUGUAUAUAAUAAAUAACACGAGUUUUCACGAGAGACCACCGAGUGUUGUACCGAGAAAUCGCGAAUAUAUCCACGCGCGACUGUUGACCUCCGAAUCACGAUCGAAUAAAAAAAAAAGACGUAAUUCAUGCCAAAGUGUAUCGCCUGUACAAGUAUUAUGAAUGUGAACGGGAGAAUUUCGUAAAAAAAAAAAAAUAAAAAAUAUAAAAAAAAAUAAUUAUUCGGAGGCGACGCGACGCGCGUGGAAAUAAUUUCUGUGUCGAGAAGAAAAUAUACACAUAUAUUUCUUGUGCGAGCGAUAGUUAGUAAUAUUUGUAGAUAACACGGUACCUAAGUAAUACGUAAUGUAUAUACGAUUAUUUACACUAUGCACAUAUGCGAAUUUUAAUGGCAUAUGUAUAUCCGUGCAUCGAGAUGGGAUGCAGUAGAAA